ACGAGUAACACAAUUUUAAGAGGUCAAAAAUUUUCAAAAAAAACUCAGAGAAAGGUCAAAUUUCGAAAUUAAAUGCAAAUCUGCAGCGUCGUCUCUCUCUCUCUCUCUCUCUCUCUCUCUCUCCUCUAUCCGCCGGCAAAAUUUAUUGCUUCCCUUCUCCGUCAAUCUUUAUCACCGGCCCGUCUAAUACCCUCCGACCAUAUUCAAACCGCGACUGCUCCAAUCAUUGGCCUUAGGUUAGUUCCUGAGUCACCCUUAUGUACCUCAAAAGGCUGAAACUUUGAAGUAUUAUAUUGUUACUGUGAUGGGAACUGAGAUAUGAUCAAACGCUGAGAGCUAGUUUGAUAUAAAGAUGUCAUGGAUGAAAGGCAAAUCAUCUGGUUGGACUGCGUUUGAUCUCAAGCAGAGACAGAAGAAGCAAGGUCUCGACAUCGAGGUCGAGGAUGAUCCAUUCCCGCCUGUUUCGACUAGUAUUAAUACAUCUCUUGUAGAUGUUAGAGGGAAGCUGAGAAGAAGUCAUGAACCUUCUGAAAAGUCUUUUUCCUCUGUGCUCUUACCUCCUUCGAGAUUUCCGGCACUGACAGAGAAUAAGGAUUGCGGAAACCAAGAAAGCGGCGGAGGUUUUAGAAGCAAACCUGGCAGUUUGAUUCUUCCGGUAAACAGUCAUGAUUCGGCCUUCAUGAAGUUAAAGGAAAUGAACAGCUGGGCAGAUGAGAGCUUGAUAAGGGAUGUAUUGUUAUCCACCGAAGAUAAUUUUGAGAUGGCUUUAGAAUUUUUGGAAGGGAUGGUUCCUGCUGGUAAUAAACCAGACAAAGGUCACAAUACAGAAGCUGAGGUGCCAACUUCAAAGAUUGAGGGUUAUUCAUCCGAUAACAGAAGUUCCGGAUAUAGAACAUUUGGAAGAAGUGUUACAGGUUCGGUGAAGAUGACUGCUAGGUCCGCUUUUGAAGAUUCUGGCAAGUAUGAUUUGCAAGAGAGUGAUGGAAGGUCGUUUCCGGUGGUUGCAUCUGACAGUCAAAAGUUGUCUGAAGAUAUUUCUGAACUAGAUAGUAUCAUUCAGCGGCUUCAGUCCCUUCCUAUAGAGCCUGAAUGGGAAGAAGAUGAUCUCUACUUGAAUCAUCGAAAGGAUGCACUGAAAAUGAUGAGAUCAGCCUCAAACCAUUCAAGAGCUGCCCAAAAUGCUUUUCAGAGAUAUGAUCAUGCUUCUGCUAAGCAGCAUUCAGAAAAAGCAAGAGAGGAUUGGUUAACAGCUGAGAAGCUAAAUGCUGAGGCAGCCAAAAAGAUAAUAGGUAUAACAAAUAAGGACAACGACAUAUGGAAGUUGGACCUGCAUGGACUCCACGCAACAGAAGCUGUUCAAGCGUUACAAGAACGUUUGCAAAAGAUAGAAGGUCAAUUCACAGUGAACCGUUCGGUAUCACCAAAUAGAGGUAGGUCAAAGAAUGCAGUUCUGCGAUCUGCAUCACAAGAGCCUUUUGGUAGAUUAGAUGUGGAAGGCCUCGACAGUCAAAAAAUUUCUUCUAGGCAACUACGAAACUCGUUGCAGGUUGUAACAGGUAUUGGUAAACACAGCCGGGGACAUGCUUCACUUCCUCAGGCUGUGAAGACAUUCUUUGAAGAUAACAGGUACAGGUUUGAUGAGACAAGACCAGGAGUUAUCACAGUGUGGCCUAAAUUCCGACACAGCUGAAUAUAUGAUUGAUUUCUGUUUUAGGAAAAUACUUGUGUUACUUCAUUUUUGUUGUACCGUAUCUCCUAAGACUUACUAUUCUUCUUUGUAACAUAGUCCAUGUGCCAAUUGUUUAGUGUACUCAAACAGGUCACGAAAAUAGAAUGUAAUGCGAGUGCAGAGCAGUGAUAUUUGUAGUGUGAUCAACAAAUGUAAACUUAAGUGGGAUUAUUUUAUAUAAACAAAGAUUGACUA